UACGUGCUGACGCUAAUGUGUUUGGGUUAUAGAGAGGGUUAAAGUAUCAGACUGCCGAAGAAUGGAGAAAAGGCUGAGUUUUUACUAAGAGUUUAUAUUUGUAGAUUUAAAGGGGGGGGAAAAACUUCUAUCAAGGCUGGAAAGGGGUAAAGAUGAGCAAGAAACCCCCUAACCGUCCAGGUAUCAUAUUUGAAGUUGGAGCCCGUAUUGAAGCCCAAGAUUACCUACAGAAAUGGUAUCCAUCUCGUAUUGAAAAAAUCGAUUAUGAUGAGGGGAAAAUGCUAGUUCAUUUUGAUCGGUGGAGCCAUCGAUAUGAUGAGUGGAUUUUCUGGGAUAGUAAUCGCUUGCGUCCUUUUGAGAGACCAGCUUUGAGGAAAGAAGGACUUAAGGAAGAUGAGGAUUAUGCUGAUUUGAGAUAUGGAGAAGAAGUGUUGGCUCGAUGGACAGACUGUCGAUACUACCCUGCAAAAAUAGAGUCAGUUAACAGAGAAGGUACUUACACAGUACAGUUUUAUGAUGGUGUUAUUCGAUGUGUGAAAAGAAUGCAUAUCAAAUCGAUGCCAGAAGAUGCCAAAGGACAGGAUUGGAUUGCACUUGUUAAAGCUGCAACAGCUGCUGCAAAAAACAGGGGACCCUGUAAACCUCGUACAAGUGCUAAUAGUAAUAAAGGCAAGGAUGACAGAAAAUGGGAAAAAGUUUCAUCCAAAAAAGAUGAUGCUAGUUGCCCUGAUGAGGUGCAGGAAGAACGGGAAGAACCAGUAAAUCCUGAAUGGCCAAUCAAGACUGAUAUUUCAGUUGAAGAAGAAGAAAAACCUGUGGUGGAACAGCAUGACACAAUAAAAUCAAAGAGAAGAAAAAGCCUGGGUAGUAUUUUUCAAGCAAAGCGUGCACGUCUUGACAAAAUUACAGGCCUGCUGGUGUCAAAAUUUGUUAAUGAAAAUAAUUCUCAGAAAAAGGUGAAAAAUGAAGUCUCGCAUUUACAAGAUCAGGCACCUUCGACAAGUCAAGAAGGUCAUGAGAUGCUGGAGGCUGAUGCUGCUUUACCCUCCCCUUUAACAUCUUUUACUCCAACCUCAGCUAACAAUUGUGCCACAGAACUCAGACAGGAUUCUGGAGAUACUGAAGACAGCCAAACACAGUUAAAGCCUUCCUAUGAUGUGAACCAAAUUGUACAGAUUGCUUCUGUAGAUGAAUCUAGAUGCAGUGUACCUAUAUCUCCUCCUUCUCCACCUCCACCUCCACCUCCUCCUCCAUUACCAUUCCCAUCACCAGCUUCAAACCCUUCAGACACCUUGCACACAGUGCAACAAACUACCUCAGAUGCUGUGGAGAAGUUUCAGUUACCACUUGACCUCAGUAAAAACUCUAAAGAAGUUACAGCACCUCCAGUACAAGUUUCCUCAUCCAUACAGACUUCAGAGUUGGUUGACCAAGCUAAGGAAAAUACUCUGUCUGUAAAAGAAUCUACAUAUGAAAAUGCAUCUUCCACAGUUUCCGUUGUAAAAAGUGUUCCCAAGACCCUUAAACCUAAUAAACAUAUACGAGAACCAAUAAUACACAUCAAAAAGCAAGAAGACCGAUUAUCUACCAUGGAAUCUGCAGUUGAUUUAGACCACAAUAAAUUUAAAUGUAAGGUUCCUGGUUGUUUCAAAGCCUUUAGGAAAGCAAAACUGCUGGAUUACCAUCUGAAGUAUUAUCAUAGUACAGACAAAGAGACCGAGUCAGAAACUGGAUCUCCGGAUCGAGCAACACGCACACGGGCAACUUCUGCUUCUGUACCUGUGUCCAUUUCACCAGAAAAUAAUGAAAUUAUUAGAAGGCGAACAGUUUCAACAUCUUCAACUGUUUCAUCCUAUACUGGUGUUUUACAAUUGGAAUCACCCAUAGUUUCUAAAUCUUCCAAAUCAAACAAAAAGAAGAGAUCCUCUGCCUCUAUAAGUUCAGAAGGCACAGAUGUUCAAUGUCCUCUUCCUUCGAGAGAAAAGAGCUUUGAAAGUCUUCAUGAAAAAAUACUAAAGAAAGUAAUAGAAAAGGACAAGUAUCCAGACUCUGGAUUGAGUAAAAGUGAGAAGAAACUAAAACUUGAAGAAAAAGGUAAAAAGAAGGAUAAGGAUAAGGAGCGAAAAGAAAAAAAAGAAAAGGACCAUUUCAAAGUAAAACAAAAGAAGAAAAAAAAGAAGAAAAAGAAAUCGAAACAGCAUGAUUAUUCUGAUUUUGAUGACAUUUCUUUAGCCUUUUUGGAAAGAUGUCCUUCUCCCCCAGCCCGACCUAUGAGUACAGUAGCCAUGCGCAGCACACCACCUUCAAAACAUACAACUUUCUUGUACCCUAGAGCCAUACUAUCUGUAGACCUUACAGGAGAGAAUCUGUCUGAUAUAGAUUUCUUGGAGGAUUCUUCAACUGAAAGCUUGUUGCUUAGUGGUGAUGAGUAUAACCAGGAAUUUGAUGCUUUCAAUGUGGAUGAUUCUCAGGAUGAGGAUGAUGGAUCUAAUGAAAUUGUGCGAUGUAUUUGUGAAAUGGAUGAAGAAAAUGGAUUUAUGAUUCAGUGUGAAGAGUGCAUGUGCUGGCAACAUAGUGUGUGCAUGGGGCUGCUGGAGGAUAGCAUUCCGGAACAGUACAUUUGUUAUAUCUGCAGGGAUCCUCCAGGUCAACGAUGGAGUGCAAAAUACCGUCAUGACAAAGACUGGUUAAGUAAAGGACAUAUGUACGGACUGUCUUUUCUCAAAGAAAAUUAUUCUCAUCAAAAUGCUAAAAAAAUAGUUUCCACUCAUCAACUCCUGGCUGAUAUUUAUAGUGUUAAAAAGGUUCUUCAUGGCCUACAUCUAAAGAUGGACAUAUUAAAGAAUAAACAGAAUCCCAAUUUGCACCUAUGGGCACGCUCGUGGUCAAAAUCUGAUGAAGAACAACAAAUAGGAAUUUUUUCGGAAUGCAAGCAUCAUCAUGGAAAAAUGACUGAAAAUGUAGUUCAUGGUUUCAAUCAAAAGGUGGAAGAAACCUAUAUAAUUAGUGAACAUAGUUACCAGAAACCCUCUGGAUUUGGACUGGAUCACAGAGCAGCAAAUGAUUUUAUGAGCUCUGAUGGAGAAGAUAAUGUCAGGUUAGAUGAAGAUCAGGAAUAUGUAGUUGGAUCUGUAAAACGUUCAAUGCCGUUUGUGCCAAAAGAAAUACAGGGAAAAAGUGAAGCCGUUGGCAUGGGUUCUUUGGAUGAAAGUUGUGCAGAGCAAGUAAUAUCUAAGGACCAGGCAGUGGCUCAUCUGCAGUGGCAGUUAAAUCUCCUGAAUCACAUUGAAGAUGUUCAGAGUGAGGUUGCAAGCAGAAUGGAUCUCAUUGAAAAAGAGCUUGAUGUGCUGGAAAGCUGGCUGGAUUUUACUGGAGAGCUGGAACCUCCAGAACCUUUGGCUAGGUUGCCCCAGCUGAAACGAAGAAUUAAACAGCUUUUAACAGACCUUGGAAAAGUACAGCAAAUGAGUACUCUUUGUUCAGUUUGACGUCCAAGUACUCCAUUAAGUGGUACUGGAGCAAGUGGAUUUCAACAUCCUUUUAGUGCAAUUGGAACCCUUUGUUUUUUUAACUUGGUGCUUUCAGUAAAAAUACACACAAACUAAAAUAUUGCCUGUCUGAUGUUCUUCAAUGCACUGAAUCCUGUAAGCACUUUUGAAGAUGACAUAAAUUAACAGGAAAUAAAGGUCCAUGUCUACAAAGAUUUAUUUUAUAUCAGCUUGGAUGAAAACGUGUUUUCCUUACUGUGGUACAAUAAAAUGGAACCCUUUUUUAAUAAACAAAAUGAAAUUGUGCAGGAAAAAAACUGGUUGUUUAAUGUUGCCAAUGGAAGUAAAAUGGAUAUCCAAGCUACAAUAAAGCAAGGUUUAUACCACCAGACUGGAUCCACAUAUGGAUUGAUUCUAAAUAAAAUGCAUUGGUAAAUACCAGUGAUAAAACCCCAGUGCUUUUAAAAACUGAUGUGCUACAAGGUGACCUCAUAAUUAAUAUGAAAAUGAAAAUCCAUAGGCAUCAUUUUUUCAUUUUAAAAAUCCAAUUCUGUCAAAAAAUACAUUAUUAGAUGCAAAACAGGCAUGUAUAUUUUAUUGUGUGUUACAGCCUAUCCUUGAAAUAGAAAUAAGUGCAGGCAUCUAACCAUGUAAGCUUGCAUGUUGACAACCAUAACAACAACAGUAUGAAAAAUGAGUUGUGUGAUUCAAAAGAAAAAUCAGUGGUUUAAAAAAAAGUAUUAGCUAAUUUAAUUGUAGUUUUAUUUUUUUAAGUAAUGUCAAUGUAUGCUGAUUCUGCAACUUGACUCAAAAACAUUUUGGUAUAACACUUGUGUGUUCUAAUGGGCAUGCUAUUUUGUGCCAAGUUUAAAGAACAUAGAUAUGCAGUCCUAAUUGUGUAUCAUGGGUUGGAGAGAAUUUUGCAAAAGUUUAUCAUAAAAUGGCUCUGAGAAAGCAAUGCUAUAAAGUGACUUUUUAAACAUACCAGUUUUAAGAUGUAAUCAUCCUCUGCACCUAUUUUGAAAUAAUGUUUUUUGCUGUCAGAUGGCCUCCAAUGUUAGCAGUGAAAACUUAUUAUAAUUUUAUUUGGAACUGCUUUACUAACUUAUUUUAAAUAUGGUGCUUAUUAAGUCUCAUAGGAAGCAACAUGCAAAUAUUGGUGAACAAAUAGCAAAAAUCUUUAAAAAAAAAAAAAAAAAACACAUAUUGAACAUAAUGUAUGUACAGUUUUUUGU